GUCAGCUUUAACUGUGGUUUUAGCGUGGAUUAACAUGGGAUUACCGAUGUGAUCAAGGCGUCUGCUCGACCUAACCUAACGUUUUGGUGCUGGCAAGUGCGCUAAAGUGCACGUUGGUUGAAAGCUAAAGGUGAAUAAAGAUCAAAUGUCAAAAUUGCCCAGUACACACUGCCUACAGCCUACACUUUUCCACAAAAAUAUUGUUUAAGGAAAAGAUAUGCAGAGUUGAAUAUGGCUUCACUUUGCAAAAAUAUACUGAGCAGGCAUAUUUUAACAAUAAGAAUCAAUAAUUUGGGCCAACUAUCAACUAACAUAGUUAGUCGGAUAGCUAAUAAUCCGACAGCAGGAAUUAUCAUUAUCGGAGAUGAAAUACUAAAGGCACAAGUCAUCGACACCAAUUCCAAUUAUAUUUGUAGUCUACUCUAUGGCAAUGGAGUUAAAGUCAAAAAAAUUUCAGUUAUUAGUGAUGAGAUUGACCGGAUAGCGGAGGAGAUUGUACAUUUCUCUAAUAAAUACACUUAUGUAAUAACGUCAGGAGGAAUAGGACCCACACAUGACGACGUUACUUUUGAAGCACUUGCCAAGGCAUUUGGUGAUAAGCUACAUUAUCAUCCCAAGCUGGUAGAAGUCAUCAAAACCUUUGCCAGCUCGCAAGAUAUUUCUUCUCCGGCAUACAAACUAGCUCGAAUACCUGAAACCGCAUCCUUAAAGUAUGGCGUCAAUCAAGAAACUGGGGAAAAACUAGUUUACCCUUGUGUUACUCUUAAGAAUGUGUACGUUUUUCCUGGCUCUCCAUUGUUCCUUAAGAAGUCCUUCGGAAAUGUAUACAAGGAAUUAUUUAUAACAAAUCAUAAUUUUAUAAGCAAGCAACUAUAUCUCAGUGCUAGGGAAGAAUUAUUUGCUGAUGCUUUGACAAAAGUUUCUGAAGAAUUUCCUAAUGUAACAUUUGGCUCCUACCCUACCACAAAUACCAGCUAUUACCAAGCUCGCGUGACUAUAGAGAGUGAUAGUGAAGAAAAUACGGACAAAGCUUUGGCAAGAUUUGUCGAAUUAGCUCCUCCAAAUGCUGUCAUAGACUUUGACUCCAAACGAAAAGAUCAAAAAUCAGGAGGUUCUGAAACCACCAAUACAGAUUCUUCGUCUUGAUUUGGUACAUGAUAAGGGUUCUGGCAUGCAGCAGCUAGAAGGGAAGGCUCUCUAUCACCAAAUCUCUCAACUCAACGAGUGCCCCAAAAUGUCUUGCUGCAAACUUCACGAACGACGGUGACUAAUCCAAGUUGCUGUUUUUUGAUUUUGGUCUAUCAUAUCAUCUAGAAUUUCAUAUAGCUUGCAGUUACACCCUAUAGGUUACACCGGUGAUGCAGAUUCAAAUCUGGAUCAAUUUGUUCGAAUAGAAGGGAGACCGUCUUUCCUUGAAGUUAGACGACGCAAUUUCGCAGAGAGCCCGUAAAAUACGGCGCGAACGAUUUGAAAUUCUACGUAUCUGACCAUUUGAGCGUUGACUGAAAUCUGCAGUCAAUGAUUUGGGAUUUCCUGCACCCAAGUGAGUAAGGUGCUUAGCGAUCUAAUCCCAUCUAAUCUGGAAAUGUCAGAAUAAGGGUUUUAAUAAUUUCUGACAGUAUAUUGAUUUAUUUGCAACGGAAAUUGUGUAGUAUUUAUAUCCUGUACAUAAUAUUUUAAUAAUAUUGAUUUUACCCGUG